AUGGAGCCCGGAAGAAGGUACCCCGGCACACUCAAGACCGCUGCAUUAACAACUGAAGAGGGGAGGCCGUUUCCUGGUUGUUUUGCUACCUGUCGUACCAUCGUCGAAAUUAGCAGCUAUUUGGAGUUUAUUAAGGAGUCAAAGCGUCUAGAAGGCAGGCGUGAAAGGACUGACCCUCCUUUGGUGGCCCAGCCUCCCACUUACAUUAAGACAGAGAAAAAGCCUGAGCCCGUGGACAUUAGGCCAGAAAGCGUCAAGAACGCUCAAGCGAAUUCUGGAAAAAAGUCCAAGACAGACGCUGCCCAGGAGGACGUUGGAUCGCACCCUACAUUGAAAAACCAAAAGCAACCAGCCGAUAAGACACCAGAGAAAAAGCUUUCUCAUAAUUCCAAGCAAACUCGGACUGUGGAAUCCUUCUGCAUUACUCCGCAUAACAUUCUGUUUGAGCAACUAGGUGGCAUAAAGGAUAUCGAGAAGGAGCUCACAGAAAGAGUGCUCUGGCCCAUUCUACAAGCCGAUCAAUACAGGUAUCUCGGAGUGACUUUUGGAACGGGGAUUCUCUUGCAUGCCCCAACAGGCUCAGGAAAAACAGCAAUCGUACACGCACUAAUAAAUAAAAUUCACAAGGAGCUCGGUCGGCAAAUCAGUUUCUACUGCAUCAACUCCACUGAAAUAAUCAUGAGUAGAACGGGCGAAACAGAGGAGCUCUUGCGAGAGAUCUUCCUAGAAGCAAAAGAGAAUGCACCUAGCGUCAUAUUUUUAGACAAUGUGGAGAUUAUCUCCACACGCGGUGAGAAUGUUAGCAGAGAGAUGGAGAAACGCAUUGUUGCCCAGCUCUGCAGUUGUAUGGACGAAGUCGCAUCUCAUGCAAGACCUGUCUUGGAGUCCCUUUCAAGGUCGAAGUCAAACUUCACCAGCAAUGCGGCGCGUGGACAAAUAAGCCAGUCUGAGCCUGUUACUUCGUCAACUAUAGUGCUGAAUGCGCGGCCUCAACCUCAACAACCCAAUGGAUCUGGUGGACGAGCUGAGAAUCGACAAGGAGCUCCAAAGGAGAAACCUGGAUUAGUAGGUAUUGAGUCGGCAAGCACUGGCCAAUACCGUGCUGUGUCACAAUUAGAUCAAAAUAAAAUAGUCAUAGUUAUAGGCGCAACAAGCAAAAUCAACGCAAUUGAUGAAAGCCUUCGCCGAGCAGGACGAUUCGAUAAGGAUAUUCCCAUUCCAAUACCGUCUAAGAGACAGAGGAUCGAUAUCUUGCAAAAGCUACUGAUAGGCUGCAAAAUAGACCCCAACCUUGACAUACAGCGCAUUGCAGAGAACACUCCGGGCUAUGUUGGUGCAGACCUUGCUGCACUGUGCAGAGAAGCGGGGCACAGGUGUGUUUGUCGAAUCAUGCAAAGCUCAAACAUACUGGAUGGAAUGGCCAAGUCAAUGAUAACCCUCAACGACUUCCUCUUUGCUACACAGAGCCUCAUCCCCACUGCCCUGCGUGAGGGCUUUGCAACCGUCCCAGACGUAUCCUUGGACGAUAUAGGUGCACUGGACUUCCUCAAAGCAGAGCUUGACCGUUAUCUCUUGCAACCGUUGAAGAAUCCGGAGCGCUUUGAACGCUUGGGACUUAACCGCUUUAGCGGGAUUAUCAUGUUUUCUGUACCGGGUCAAGGAAAAACGCUUAUUUGCAAGGCUCUCAGCGCCAAGGCAGAGAUUAACUUUAUAUCUGUUAAAGGGCCUGAGCUAUUAAAUAUGUACUAUGGCGAAUCUGAACGGGCAAUAAGAAAUGUGUUUGCCCGUGCGAGAGCAAGUGCGCCGUGUAUCCUCUUUUUAGAUGAGUUUGACUCUCUGGCCAAACGGCGUGGUUCUGGUGGAUCAAGCAGCGACGUGAGUGACAAGGUGGUGAAUACUCUACUGACUGAGUUGGACGGGCUACACAACAACUUGUCCGGAGAGCACUCUCUCAAUGCUAAAAAUGCCCAGGAUCAGAUCUUCAUUAUUGCUGCGACAAACAGAAUUGAUAUCAUUGACCCAGGACUACUACGACCAGGACGCUUCGACAAAAUCAUAUAUAUUCCCCUUCCCAACCUAGAAGACCGCGUCAACAUCCUUUAUACCAUAAUAACUAGACGACAGAUUUCCCUAGACAAGAGCCUACAAAAUCCACAAGAUCUCAGAGAGUUCUUAACGGAAUAUUUGGCAAAGCAGACAAAGGGAUGCACUGGAGCAGACCUGGAGGGCCUUGUUAGGCGCGCAGCCAUGGCAGUAAUAGCAGAGUCCCAGACCGGUACAGAAAUCUGCAAAAGGCACUUUAUGACAGCCUUGUCACAAACAAAAGCCUCUGUCAACGAGGAAGACAGGAUCAAGUACGAUAUGAUGGCGGCGCAUUACUCCAAGCUAUGCAUAUCGGAAAAUAAGUGA